AUGCUUAAGGUUCCUAAAGGAAUAGAAAAAAGAUCUAUCUAUCUAUCUAUCUAUCUAUCUAUCUAUCUAUCUAUCUAUCUAUCUAUCUAUCUGUUUUCAUUCCAGGAAAUUUUUUUUCACUUCAUUAUUUUUUUCUUUUUUUUUUUAUUUGUACGGUUUCUUUCUUUUCUUCCUAACCUUAAUAAAUCCUUUCGUGAGAAAUAUUUCUUUUCUUUAAAAAGAAUUUUCUUUCUUUCUUUUUUUCUUUCAAUUUUCUUUUUUUUUCAUUUCUUUAGGCGAACCUUAACGAAUACUAUUUUUAUUUUUUUUCUCGCAUCCUUUUUUUUCCCCAUUCAACUCCAGACGUUUUACAAUUGCUGUUAUAUUUCUGUCUCUUUGCAUUUAGCGUUCCAUUCCGCAUUUACUGCCAUUUUAAUUACCAUCUCAACCCAUCAAAAGAAAACGUUUUUCUUUUGUGAGCAUUGCUUACGGCCUUGA